AUGAUAGCCGGUCUUAAAAUACUAAGGCACACAACAACUAUUAAUAGGGACAGACCACAGAGUGGUUUACACAAGAGGGCAUACAACACUAAAGCUUUGUUUUCGUUAAUUCGUAAUCGUAGUUUUAUGAAUAUGCACCAUAAUCUUAUAAGUAACAUAGAAACCAAUGCUAAUCUUCUGUUUUGGAAGAACGAAUGCAUGUAUUCGGCAGAUUAUAAUUCAUUGUCAUCGUCAACGCCAAUAACUGUCAAUCGGAUUGAUUACCCUUUCAAAUUGCAAGCUGAUUAUGCCGUUGAUAUUAUAUAUUACUGUGAUGGCUUGCUUUGCGUAUGUUGUGGUAAUAAGAGUGUCGGUGGACAUGAAAUACAUUUGUGGAAUCCUUCAACUAACGAGUACAAGAAAGUACCGGCUGCACCACGAAACCUUUUUCACAGGCUUCACUUAGGUGUUUACGGAUUUGGUUAUGAUAACAAUAUUGACACUUACAAAUUUGUAAGGGUUAUGGAUUUUAAUGGUAAUUAUCGUUCAAAUAGUUCUAAAGUUGAUAUAUAUACAUUAGGAUCAAACUCAUGGAAAAGCAUUCAAAACAUACCUUACUUUUUUGAGUAUCACUACACAUAUCUUCAAGGGGUACUCUACAAAGGAGCUCUUCAUUGGCAUGCACGUAGCCUUGAUAAACACUCAAAUGUUCUAAUCUCUUUUGAUAUCACCCGUGAGAGUUUCGGGGAAGUUGCACUACCGAAAGAACCUCUGAAAGAUAAUAAGUACGAUGAUGUAUGUACCAGAGUGUUAGGAGGUCGCCUUUGUGUACUUUUUCAUUUGGGCCAAAAGUUUUUCCAUCGCCCAAGAGAGCGUCCAGGUUUCUAUUGA